UGUUUUUUGGAAAACACACGGCUUUUUUAAUAAACCCGCCCGUCAGGCCAGUGACGUUUAUGUCUUGGUUUUAUUCUGAUAAGUUUUUAGAAAGUUCAAGAACCACGUAUUAAUUCUUCAUCGCAAUUAACAUACUGUCAGUUUUAACCGUAUUUUAUGACAACAAAACAUCUGAAAUGACUUUUUCUGGAAGUACUUCGUUUACUUAGUGUUUUGACUUAAUUAAGAAGAACGAGUAUUAACUGCAUUUUAUGAUAACAAAAUGUCUGAAGUGGCGGGUUUUGGGACACUUAAUUGACUUCGUUUUCUAAGGCGCUUUACUUGAUUAAGAACAGGAAUCUUUUCAGCCAAAGUGAAGCAAUUGGUUUGUGGUGUUGAGGAAGGAGACUCUCUUAGCUUCGUGAAACAUCUUUUAUGUCAACUUCUCGGUCACCUUGAAGAGACGUCUGUGGAUAUGAUGAAGAAAGCAAUUUGUGAAUUUCUGCUGGAGUUCAACCCCAAAGUCGUCGAAUUUGCAGACCUUCGUUCGACUUACAUCGCCAAUUGUGUCUUCAACAGUUUUCUGUCCUAUACCUGUAUCAUGCUGAACAUUGUGACAAUCCACGCGAUAAGAAAAACUUCCUCGUUGCCCAAUCCUUUAAAAGCACUCCUCCUGAGUCUUGCUGUUUCUGAUGUUGGUGCUGGUCUGUUGUGUCAGCCUUUUUACACCUCACUUCUGGUAAAAUGGUUACAGCAAAACAACCUUGGCUGUAAUACCUAUAUAAUUUUUGAGGUCAUUGGAUGUGUGUUUUUCUUAGCUUCCUUCUUGGGUGUUGUGGCCAUAAGUGUUGACAGAUUUUUCGCAAUUCAUCUUCAUCUCAGAUAUCGGGAACUUGUGACUCACAAGCGUGUUGUUGCUGUGGUGAUAUCAAAAUGGGCGCUUAGUGUGUUUCUUCCUUUGACGAUUUUGGUCGUCUUUGUAAUGAACGACCCCACUAUCUCUUUAAAAAGAUUUCAUCUUUUCUCGUGGACUCUCGUAUAUCUUAAUUCAACUUUGAACCCAGUAAUUUACUGCUGGAAGAUGAGACNAGCCUCCUUCUUGGGUGUUGUGGCCAUAAGUGUUGACAGAUUUUUGGCAAUUCAUCUUCAUCUCAGAUAUCAGGAACUUGUGACUCACAAGCGUGUUGUUGCUGUGAUGAUCUCAAAAUGGGCGCUUAGUGUGUUUCUUCUUUUGACGAUGUUCUGGAUUCCGCUGGAUAUUCUUAUACCUGUUUUGUUAUUUGUAGGAGUUAUUGGUCUUCUCGUCACGACAGUGGUGUACAUCAGAAUUUAUGUAACCGUAAAAAGUCACAAGAAUCAGAUUCAGGCCCAACAAGUACAAGAAGGAGCAGAGAAUGGCGAAAUGGCAAAUUUUGCUAGCCUUAUUAAAUCUGCAUUCGGUGUAUUCUACGUAUAUCUGGUGUUUUUGAUUUGUUACUUGCCUUUCUUUAUCAGUUUGGUCGUCUUUGUAAUGAACGACCCCACUAUCUCUUUAAAACGAUUUUACGUUUUCUCGUGGACUCUCGUAUAUCUUAAUUCAACUUUGAACCCAGUAAUUUACUGCUGGAAGAUG